GGGGCGGAAAAGCCUGUUUACACAGACUGCACACCGCCUGGGGAAUAAUGCAGUAAAGGAAGUGAGCCGGCUCGGCCUGACUGCUCCAACUUCCUGCUCUCACACACACCAGAGGGGAAAAAAAAAGAGGAGCGAGAGAAAGAAAAAAAAAAGGGGGGGGAAAAUCAGGAUCUCAUUACAAGAGCAACAGACCGUCUGCAGACGCGUGUCAGCAUGGAAAGUCGGGGGCUUUCGCCCGGUUCCUCCUAGAAAUUCCCCCGAAGAAGGAUCUCGAAAGCUCCCCCACAUCUGGGUAUGGAGAGUGCAAUCACGCUGUGGCAGUUCCUGUUGCAGUUGCUGCUGGACCAGAAACAUGAGCAUCUGAUCUGCUGGACCUCCAACGAUGGUGAGUUCAAGCUCCUCAAAGCAGAAGAAGUGGCCAAGCUGUGGGGACUCCGCAAAAACAAGACGAACAUGAACUACGACAAGCUGAGCAGAGCCCUGCGCUACUAUUAUGACAAGAACAUCAUCAAGAAGGUGAUUGGGCAGAAGUUUGUGUACAAGUUUGUCUCCUUCCCGGAGAUCCUGAAAAUGGACCCCCACGCCGUGGAGAUCAGCCGGGAGAGCCUGCUGCUGCAGGACCGGGACUGCAAGGCGCCACCCGAGGGCCGCGAGGCGCACAGACACGGCCUGUCCGCCCUCAAGAGCACCAGCCGCAACGAGUACAUCCACUCAGGCCUGUACUCGUCCUUCACCAUUAACUCCCUGCAGAACCCACCCGAGCCCUUCAAGGCCAUCAAGACGGAGAAGCUGGAGGAGCCGCCGGAGGACAGCCCUCCCGUGGAAGAAGUCAGGACUGUCAUCAGGUUUGUCACCAACAAAACCGACAAGCACAUCAGCAGGCCCGUGGUGUCCCUGCCCUCCACGUCCGAGGCCUUCCUGGCCUCGUCCGUCUCCGCCAAGAUCUCCUCAUUAAUGCUGCCAAACGCCGCCAGCAUUUCGUCCGCCUCGCCCUCCUCCUCUCGGUCCCCGUCCCUGUCCCCCAACUCGCCCCUCCCCUCUGAACACAGAAGCCUCUUCCUGGAGGCCGCCUGCCAUGACUCGGAUUCCCUGGAGCCCUUGAACCUGUCAUCGGGCUCCAAGACCAGGUCUCCAUCUCUCCCCCCCAAAGCCAAAAAACCCAAAGGCCUGGAGAUCUCCGCGCCUCCGCUGUUGCUCUCCGGCACCGAUAUUGGCUCCAUCGCCCUCAACAGCCCAGCCCUGCCCUCAGGAUCCCUCACCCCAGCCUUCUUCACCGCACAGACACCAAAUGGAUUGCUCCUGACCCCGAGUCCACUGCUCUCCAGCAUACAUUUCUGGAGCAGCCUUAGUCCAGUUGCUCCACUGAGCCCUGCCCGGCUGCAAGGGCCAAACACGCUGUUCCAGUUCCCAACACUGCUCAAUGGCCACAUGCCAGUGCCAAUCCCCAACCUGGACAGAGCUGCUUCUCCAGUACUGCUUUCUUCGACCUCUCAGAAGUCCUGAUGACAUCUGGCCACAAUGAAAGACUCAUUCACUGAUGAAGCAAAUUUGUGCCCAUGGGCUAGUUUACCUGUGUCAUGAGAAGGACUUUGUGAAACCCUGUUAAUUUGGUUUGCACUUUUCAUAACAUGGAUGGUCUAGAUAUAUGUUAGCAUUUUUAAAACUUUUUUUUUAUAUUCAAGUAUAUAUGAAAAUCUGUUUUGCAUUAAGUGAAUUUUAAUGUUUUUGUUUUUAUAUCCUCUUAGCUCUUAAGUGUUGAACACUGUUGACAGUGAAGAACUUUUCUUAAUGGCUUUCAGUGUAACUAAUAAGGAUGUGAAGCUUUUUCGCUUUAAUUCUGCAUAUGCUGAACUGUGCUUAUACACUAUAACCAGCUGUGCCUUCCCUUGCAUUUAGUUUAAUGUAAAUGAUUUAUAUAUUUUUUAGAGAAAAUGUUUGAAAGACAAAGAUUAGUAUCAAACAGCUCUCUAGUAGAACAUUAUUUUUCACAAGUAGGGAAUAUGAAAGCAUAUUCAUAUUACUUUUUCUCUUUUGCUUUCAAUUAUAAGAAUUGCCUUAGAGCCUCUUUUGAACUGAAAUUCAAUAAAUGUAAUGUCCAAGUAAUGUUUUUAUAAGAAAAAACUAAGCCAUAUUUAGACAAUAAACAUUCAUGACAGAAAAUGUUCGAAAGUGCAUUUUUAAAGAGAGGAACUUGGAAAGGCUAGCCUCCCAGCUGUUUACCAGCUGUUUACAAUCUUUUAGACUCCUCCCAAACAAAACCACCUGAUGGAAAAGCUACAAGUUUAUUCUAUCCAUACCCCUGGAGUAUUUCCGAGGUUAGCAUAUUCUUAGUUCAAGAAAUUAGCCCUGGUUCUCCCUGUUUUCCAUAAAGAAUCACACCCCUCCAAUACAUUUCCUGUAUCGUUCUGAGGUAAGGUUUCUCUAAACCCCCUGAACUAUUAACAUUUAAAAAGCCUAUCCUUUGAAAGAGGCUCACAGACUCGUGAUGAAAACAAACAAUGAAGAAACAAUCUUGUAAUACCAGGUAUCUUCAUGUGUAUGGGUAUAGCCUUGCUUGUGGAAACCUGAGAGGUUAUUGCUAAAUUUAAGGUGAGAAUGAAGGAAACCUGAUGCAACAAAUAUAAGAUUCUUCAGAAACCGCAUCAGUGUUGAAUUGAUUAUGUAACAAUGUGGAACACUAAACAGUAAUUCUUUUGUGUAGUGGAGAGCAGGGACAAUAGGAAUGUAUUUUCUGUUCCUUCAAAAAAUCAGCAGGCACCCAUCUAAGGCAUCUUUCUGUACAUUAUGAAAGUUCUAAUGGUAAGAGAACUGGAAAGUGCCCAGUGCUUGCAAUUCAAGAUCAGAUUAAUUAUCAUCCUUAACUAUAAGUAACAGAAACCAAUUUAACAUGUGGCUAAUUAAUUAAUUGCUCCAAACCAGGCAUUAAAUAGCAGGGAUAAAUAAAGCAAAGCUUGUAAAAACACAUUCCUUGAAUUUUCAAAAAAAUCUAAAAUUCUGUUAUGAUAUAAAUGUUGAGAUUUUCAAUUGGAAUUGAGCAUCUCUAUGUGAGGGAUGUAUGCCCUUAUUUGGAGGAAAACCCCAAACAUUUCAGUAUGCACCUUUGAAAAUAAAAUAAUGGGGUUGAUUCCAGAAUCCACAAACAGACACUACUGUCAUGGGCUAAGGAUAAUUCUGUACAAAAUAGCUGGUCCAGAUGAUAUUUACUGAGAAUGCGUCCUACCCAGGUUUCCAGAUGCGGACAGUUGCACAGGAGAAGCUGCGUAAGACCAUAUAGCUCAUCGGAGGUAACAGUGCCCAGUGCCCAGUCCAGUUCUGCUUCCUCAUCUCAGCUGUAACUACCAAUCCAAAACUAUAUGUUAGGCAAAAAAAAAAACAAAACAGCAUUAAAAAACUGUCAGAUAAGAGAAGGAUGCAGUCCAAAUGCAAGAGUCUUAGAGAAACUAAUUAAAAAGGAAGUCCUAUGUACAAAUAUCACAACCAAAAUAUUUUUAAAUGUAAAUACUGACUGGAAAAUUCAAAUGACCAUCUCUGAUUCUUGUAUUCCCUUCCUCCAAAUACUAUAACAUACAACCUAGCGUCAUUUAUUGGAAAUGGAAAAAUACCAUAAUUCAAAAACUCACUAUAACACAAAGAGAGAACUAGAGGUAUUGAAGUAUAACCCUUAAAGCUCUGCCUCAUUCUACAUGUGUGUGUCUGUGUGUGGUUUGUUUUUUUAAUCAACUAUUUUAGACAAUAGGUUUCACAGAACAUAUUAAAUUUUUUCUUCCUUUUUAUAUGUCUACUUGAUCAGUGUUAAAUUGCUAAGGCUCAAGUUUUAUAGAACUAUAAUCUAAACAUUGGUCUCUUUGUACACAUCAUUUCUCUGACUGCAAAUCUUCAUUACCUUUCAUAUAUGUAUCAUUUUUACUGUUAUAUUAUUUUUGUUCAAUAAAUACUUUGUGAUAAAAGGCAA